UAGCUCUUUACUGCAUGAGUUAUACAAAGACCUCAGCAAAAUCAACUUCCGGAAAGCGUGUUGUUGACACGAAAUUAAUAAAUCAUGGGUAAAAUUCGACAGAUGCAACAAAAAUUUGCAGCAACCAAAAGACGAAUCAGUUUAAAAGACAGUAGAAUAAAGAAAGAUGACAGAAUUAAAGAUAAGAAAAAGAAAAAGUCCAAAGUUCCUGAAAUGAAAAUCAUUACACAGACAAAAGCCUCCACAGCUUUGUUCUUUAACUAUAAUACCCAGCUCGGACCACCCUACCAUGUUUUACUGGAUACAAAUUUCAUCAAUUUCUCUAUUAAAACUAAAUUAGAUGUAUUUAAAUCUAUGAUGGACUGUCUUUAUGCUAAAUGUAUUCCCUAUAUAACAGAUUGUGUAAUGGCUGAAUUAGAAAAACUCGGUAGAAAAUAUAAAGUGGCUUUAAGAAUUAUAAAAGAUCCAAGGUUUAAGAGAUUGACAUGUUUACAUAAAGGUACAUAUGCUGAUGAUUGUUUGGUACAGAGAAUAACAGAGCAUAAAUGUUAUAUAGUAGCCACUAAUGAUAAAGAUUUAAAACGUAGAAUACGUAAAAUACCUGGUGUACCGAUCAUGUAUACAACAAGACGCAAAUAUUCUAUAGAGAGAAUGCCAGAUGCUUAUGGUGCUCCUAGUUAGAUGUUUGUAUGUGUGUAAAUUCUCUUUGCUGCAGACAAUGUUAAAAUUAAAGAUUACUGAAAAGGGAUGUUUAUUUAUUCUUUCUUGGAAGAAAAUUUUGUUUGUUUGUAUUUGGAUAAAAUCAAUGUGCUAAUGAAAGAUGAAAGAGACUCAAUAAAGUUAAAGAUGAUUGAGAAAAAGUUGUUAGAUUUUAUGAGCUUUUGAACCAAAUUUUUUCAAAGGGACUACAAUCCAUGUUUAUUGUAAAACUAAAAUUAAAUGAUCCAAGAAUUGAUAUGACCAUUUAAAACAUUCUCUGAAAUAUUUGACUUUUUUGUCUACUAAAGGAACAGAAUGGCUUUAAGAGAAUUCCAUCAUUUUUCUGUUCUUAGUCUCUCUGUCAGAAUAAAUUGUAAAUAAAACUAUUAGAAAAU